AUGUCCGGCUUCGAUUCCCAUGGCAAGGCCAUGGGAGAGGCGCAAUCCGAUAGGCAAAUGAGCACCUCGUCGCUCACCGCUGCAGCACGAGCUACCCCCAAUCCGGCCGCAGCGGACGGUGGCGCUGUCGCCCAUGCCGGCGGUUCCCCUGUGGAUAACGAGAUGGACGAGCACGUGCCACCAGUCAUUGCCCACGUCCGCAAGAACUUCGGCGUACUCGCCCCUACCAUUGAGCCCUUCAUCUACCGUAGCGGUUGCCUCAACAAGUCAGUGGUAGACGUGUACAACAACCUGUCGCGCAACUACAUCGCCAUUGUAGACGCUGCCCUCAAGCAGGUAGGGUUUGAAGAGUUCACGAUGCAGAUGCAGAUCAUGCUGACCCAGAUUCUGUCUGAGGAGUUUGGCGAAGAUACAGAGUACCUCGUCAACACCAUCCUCACCUACACCGGCGCCGACUCCCUGUUCGUCUCCCUUCUCUCGAAAUCUAUGCUGGACCAGGUCAUCACGUACGCGCAAUCGAUCAUGAGCGGCAACAUGUAUGGCAUGAGCUACAACAUGCAGAGCGGCGGAGGUGGCGGUAGUCGCGGUACUGAGGGUGUCGGUAAUAGUUACUACCGUGGUGCCCAACAGCAUCACGGAUACCGUGGUGUCGGUGAGAACGGCUCAUCGCGCGAUCUUCGCGGCAGCUCCGUCGCCGCCAGCCCUCCUCAUCAGGACGGGUCCACACCUCAAAAGCCGUACCGCAGCAGCGGCCUCCCACCCCACUCCAGCGACCCAGGCAGGGAGCGCAGCAGCGAUGAUUUGCGGGCCACUACCGACGUAAUCUCACAACGCGAGGAGAGUCGGGAUUGGGGGGGAGGCGCUUCAGUGCCGCCUCGCGGCGCUACUGUGACGGGGGGCGUCCACAUAGAUUCUAGUGUUGGUCCCCGGGGCGGUGCCGCUCCCAUGAGCGGGAUGGGCGCAGGUGCGGCCAGUCGCACCGAGGUGUCCGUGAGCCGGGCCAUGAGCGAGACUGCAUCCGGAGCAGGAGCAGUGCCACGGCACACACACCAUCACUUCUCUUCUGCAGCGGCCGCCGCUCCUGCCGCCGCUCUCGCCGCGAAGCUGUCGUCGAUGGAGCGAGGUGGGAUGACCGGGGUCCCGCAGCACAACCUCCUACCCCCGCGAGCCUCGCCGGCGAGCAGCCAGCCGCGCGUGCCCACGCCAGGGGCGCCAAGCGUGUCGCAGGCUACCACCACUUCCCCGAUGCCGACGAUGGGACGCGGCGGGCCGAGCAUCCCGAUGCACCACCAUCACCAUCACUUGGGCAUAGGCGCAAUGGCAACGAACAGUUCCGCGGCCAGUGACUGGGCCGCCAGCAACAGCGUAUCUGGGUCCACAACAAACAUCAACGCCUCUGGGCAGCGUACCCUGACCCCACCAACGCCGCAGUCCGCAUCGAUGCAGCAACAUCAACAUCAGCACAUGCAGCAGCAAUCCCAGCAACAGUUGCCGCAGCUGCAGCAGCCGACGCGCACCAUGAACAUUCCCGCCCCCUUGAGUGUGCAGCGCCGCACGGAAAAAAAUGCGGCAGCAGCCGCAGCAGCGGCGGCAGCAGCCGCAGCUGCCGCCCCGGCAGCCGCAGCCGCGAACGGCAGCGCGCCUGCCAAUUCGUCUAGCCCCAAUAAUAGUAGCGCGGCUGUAGAGGGAGGGGUUGCGCCACGCACCAUGUCCGCGCCUCUCGGUGGGAGCGCGAACGUCCCGGCGCCGCGCGGGGCGCAGUCGCUCCCCCAUCACCAGCACCACAUGCCCGUCUCUCACCACCAUCACCAUCACUAUCAUUUCGUCGCGUCCCCGCCCGCGGUCACUGCAGCUGUGCAGCCGCCCUCCGCUACGCACUUGCCACCAGCUUCCGAGGAGCGCGUUGCGACCAUUUCCGCCGACUCCACGGACUCGCCGGUGCCGGAGACGAACUUGCCCGCUAAUCAGACCUCUGCAUCGACCUCAGCUCCGGUCAGGUCCCCUCCUGCCACCAGCGCCUCGACGACUUCCGCACCCCCGCCAGCCUUGCGUGGCCUAGGCCGUAUCCCCUUGCACCAUCACCACCAUCAUAUGCACUUGAUGGUGAAUAAAGUAGAUGCACCUUCGGCGCCGCAAAGGCAGCCGCAACCGAUUCCUGCGACGUUGCAGCCGCAACCACAGCCGCACCUGCCGCAGCCGCAGCAGCGUGUGGCCACCGCAAUCGACAUGCAUGACCAGCAGCAGCAGGAGCGAACGAACGCCGCCAAUGGUCGCUGGCCCAAUCAAAAGGAGGAACUGCGAGGCAUGCUGCUGACCGCGCGCGUAUCGGAGAGCGCGGUCACGUACUUGCUGACGGACAUGAACAUAGAAGAGCUGCGAGGCUUGAAGUACGUCGAUUUCGAGAAGAAGCUUCGUGGUGGUAUUCCGCUGAUGUUAGACCGCCAGCGCAUUCGUCAGGUGCUGUCCAGCAGCGCUGCUGCGCAGAGUCAGUCGAGCGACAACGACGACUCCGCGACGAGCUCCAACCGCAAGACUGCAACCAGCGGAGUGGGCGCAGAGGAGGAGGCAGGCGGGUCUGGACUGCCUCGGCGACCCCCGGCCAUUUCCACUGGCGUGCAGAGCCCAGUGACGUCGCACCAGUCCUCGCCUAUUAGCAAGGCUGGAGUACAGGUGCCGCAGCCUCGAACGAAGAUGCAGCAGCAACAGCAGCAGACGCAGCAGUCCAUUAACGGCGGCAGCGCCGUGGCCUCGCCAGCGGAUGCGAGCUUUUCCUCACCGGAGAAGGAGUCUGACAAGCGCGAGAGCGGCACCAAGACGGGGAGCCCGACGACGGCUAGCGGCGCACCCCCCUCCCCGGUGCCGACCUCAACUCCGGCGCCUUCCCCCAACAGUAGCUAUAGCCCUAGUACUCGCAACGAGGAUCCCGAGGAUAGCCGUGAGGAGGAGCAGCGGCGUGGUAGCGGACGCCGCGGCGGGAAGCGUGGCGGUCUGGGCCGCGGCGGCUUCAGCUCAUCGCGCGUGUGCAGGUUCUUCGGUACUGCAGAAGGGUGCCAGUACGGAGACAAGUGCCACUACAUGCACAGCAAGUGA